CCGCCCUUUUCGGGCAUGAGUUCCCUCUACCCGUAAACUCAGAAAGGUAUCUCCAUGCCAGAUCUGACAGACAAGUGUGGCCCCUGAGGCCAUAGCGACAUCCUAAUCUGUUGGAUCAAGUUCGUUGUUCUUCAAACCUAACUUGUGUUGAGCCUGAGGGGUUGGCAGAGCACUGACGUCAUCCAGACCGAUACGUUGUGUCUAUCGACAACAUCACCAACCCGUUGUCCAAUUCAUCAUACUCCGCCAAAGAUGUUAUCCAGUGUCGAUCCAGCCCUUCUAUCCGCUCUUGGGCUGGAACCUACUUCCACCAAGCUGCUUUCCUAUGGAGGCUCCGGCUUCUCUUCCACAUACAAGCUCGUCUCAACCAAGGAGGGCCAUGAGCUCCAGUACUUUGUCAAAACCGGCACAGGUCCUGACGCCGAGGUCAUGUUUCGCGGAGAAUUUGCCUCGUUGAAUGCAAUUCACAAUGCCGUUCCCUUGUUUUGUCCAAAGGCAUAUGCCCACGGUCCUCUCCACUCGGCCUCUGCUUCCUCUUCGUCCCCUCAACUUGGCGGUGGCGCCAGCGCAGGAGUAAAAUACUUCCUUGUAACAGACUUCAUUGAUCUUACGUCCUCAGUUUCGGGUGGAACCGGCCUUUCCUUUGCCGCCAAACUCGCAACGUUACAUACCACCCCCGCCCCAAUUCCAAAGGGGCAUUCCAAACCAAUGUUCGGGUUUCCAGUGUCUACCUGCUGCGGAUCUACACUUCAGGAUAACAGUUAUCGGGAAACCUGGGCCGAUUUCUAUGCAGACUGCCGUCUGCGGGCCAUACUCAAAGAGUGUAUCAAGCAGAACGGCGCGGACAGAGAGCUUUCCGAUAUGGUGGAGAAAACAGCUAGCAAGGUUGUGCCACGACUCCUGGGAGAGGGGCAUCUUAAGGAUGUAAUUCCUGUCGUUGUGCACGGGGAUCUGUGGAGUGGGAAUCAUGGACGAGGUCGGAUUUCUACACAAAAGGGGUCUGAAGAGGUUGUUUUUGAUCCGUCUUCCUGUUACGCACACUCGGAGUACGAGCUGGGCAUCAUGAAGAUGUUUGGGGGCUUUGGUGCUGGAGGAUUUUGGAAAGAAUACCACUCACUUGUUCCUAAAUCGGAGCCAGCAGAGGAGUAUGAUGAUCGAGUGGCAUUAUAUGAACUGUAUCACCAUUUAAAUCAUUUUGCUUUGUUUGGAGGAGCGUAUAGGGGUGGUGUUAUGUCCAUCAUGAGAAAACUUCUGUCCAAGUAUGGCUGA